AUGCAAUUCCAGGCUAUUGAUUUCCCCAUUUCAUUUUUCAUUUUGACUGUUUUGAUCACAAGAAUCGGUUGUCCUAGUCUUCCACAACAAGCCGCCAAAUGGUGGUAUACAGCUUCACCCAACUUGAAGUUAUCAUCAGGAGUUUAUAUCAAACAAGUUCUACCGGAUACUCAUUCGAUGAUUGUCAGAAAUACAGAAAAGACUCAGCAAAUCGUUCAUUUCUGGUUGAAAGGAAGUGAACCUGAGCAAAGUGUUUUAAAGAUCCCUUUGGCACCUGGCGCUUUAGAAACUAUACAACUUCCUAAAGGUUCAUUUUCGGUUGGAUCAGAAUUAAAUCCAGCUGAAUUUCAUCCUAAAGAAGAAUAA